AUGCGCGACCCGUCGGGCCUCCGGCAGCGCGACGAGUCGUGGCACGUCGGGGGGCAGUGCAUCGUCGUGCUCGUCAUGUGCUUUUUUGCGUCAUUGCUCGCCCUCCUCCGCGUCGUCCGCGCGAUCCAGACCUGCCUCGACGCGCGGCGCACGAAAGAAUCGAACUCGCGGAGCCAGGAGGCGCACCGGCGGCGGGCGCUGGUCAUGCACGCGGCGAGUUGCGCCGUUUGUCUCUUCGGCGCGGGCUUCGGCUGGCUCAACUUCGGGCUCGACUGCGCCGUCGGCGAGCGCGCGCACGACGCCGUCGACGAGGAGAUCCUGGCGGCCAUCUUCCUCGGGCCGCUGAGCUUCUACUGCUGGCUCCUCGCGCGCGAGAGAUGCGCGCCCGUCUUCUUCUCGUCGCGGACGCCCGGGUGGCUCGAGCCCUGUCUCUACGUGCUCGUGGCGAGCCAGGCCUUCGUCUUCGUCUGCGCCGAGGUCGGAUAUCGCGUCUUCGACCGGAGCGACCGCGUCGCCAUUUUUUCGGCGGCCUUCGCGCUGGACGUCGCCAUCGUCGUCGUCGCGACGCUCCUGUUCCUGCUGCCGUUCCGCCGGAGCCGCCGGCGCGGCUCGGCGCGGCGCACGUCCUUCAGAGAAGGCGUCGCCGUCGAGGACGAGGACAUCGUCGCCAUCACCGUGCGGCGGAGCCUCGUGGGCUGCGGCGUCUACGUGGCCUCGUGGGCGGCCGUCUGGAGCCGGUUCUACUUCUUCUCGCGGCGGCCGGGCGCGCUCUUCUCCGGCGCCUACUCGCUCGCCGCGCCGUUCUGCGUCGUCUUCUCGCACCGCGACGACCACGCGCUGCGGCG